AUGAUAGUAAUUAGUGAUAGGAAUAUAGGAUUUGAGUGUUUGAGUUUGACUUAGAUGUUGAAACAGAACUGUAUACAUUGUACAAGAGUGUCAGGAGUCCGUUCCGCAUUCAUACGAAUUACGUUUUACUGUAGAACUUCUACUUUUUGUUACUUAGAUUAACUGUAAUAAACUCAACUAAAAGAGAAGAAAAAACAUCAAUCGGUUGGUGCUCAAGACAUGCGAAAGAAAAAACACUAAUAUAGUCAGAUAUUUACAGCUCACCAUGUCUCAUAUUGGUAAAUUCGGACUACACGGAGGAAACUUUAAAAAACCGCCUCAGCGAAAAACUAGAUUGAACCGUUCAUUUGAAGAGUUGACUCCUAUAUCUUGGAGUGAGUAUUUUGAACACAAACGCUUUGUUGACAUUGAUGGUAACAAGUUUGCGACCUACUCACUGGGCAAUGUUGAAUCCGUGCUGAUUGUCUUGCUCCACGGCGGGGGGUUUAAUGCCCUCACAUGGUCUCUUUUCGCAAAACAUUUAGUAAAACAAUGUGAAUGCCAAGUUUUAGCAGUUGAUCUUCGAGGGCAUGGGAAUUCAUUUACAACAGAUGAUAAUGAUUUAUCUAUGACAACUUUUACUAGCGAUAUCAUAAGUUUACUACGUAAAUCAUAUCCAGACAAAAUGCCAUCAAUAGUUUUAAUGGGCCAUAGUCUUGGAGGAGCUAUUGCUGUAAAUAUUGCUUCUACAGCAGAAUCAGAUUUGCCAAUUAUUGGUUUGGUUGUCAUCGAUGUAGUUGAAGGUUCAGCAAUGGAAUCAUUAGCUAGUAUGCAAAGUUUUUUGAGAAGUCGUCCAAAAUCGUUUAAAAGUUUAAUGGAUGCUAUUUCAUGGGGAAUGGGAAAUGGUCAUAUAAAAAACGAAGAAUCUGCCAGAGUUUCCAUUCCAGGACAGAUAAAAAAUGUUGCCACUGGUAAACUUGGUACGGACGAAUUUGAGGAACCAACAAUUGAGACUCCAGUAUUAACAGAAGCUAUUUCAGAACCUCAAUAUUCAAUAGAUUCUAUUAUAGAAGAUGAAGAGUGUGGUGCAUCUUCAUUUUCUAAUGAAAAAUCAUUGGGCAAUUAUACAUGGAGAAUUGAUUUGUGUAAGACAGAAAAGCAUUGGCCUGGAUGGUUUCAAGGACUUUCAAAAAAAUUCUUAUCUAUACAUGCGCAAAAAUUAUUAUUACUGGCUAACAUUGAUCGUAUGGACAAAGAUUUGACUGUUGGUCAAAUGCAAGGUAAAUUUGAAAUGCAAGUAUUAACUAGAGUUGGACAUGCUGUACAAGAAGAUGAUCCAGAAAAAGUCGCAAGUAUUUUGUCAAAUUUUUUGGUACGAAACAAAUUUGCUAAUCCAACAGGAGAUUUUGUUCGCGUAAAUAGUUGAACUGGUACAACGCAACAAAAUAAUACUAUGCCAACCGCUUUGACUGCUAUUUUAUCUAAUACAGUAAUACAUAAAAUUUUAAUAUUUUAACUAUAGGCACGAGGGACCUAUUGAAUGCGAUAUUAUAUAUUUAAAUUCCAUAUAGAAUAAGUUAUAUACUCAUAUGCAAUAUGUUACGGGUUUGUAAUUUGUAAAGCAUCAUAUUAGUAAAGUAAGUAUAAUUGGUUAUUAGUGUUUUUACGUAUUGUAACUAUAUAUAUUAUAUUAUGUCCACGUUGUUCGUAAAUUGUAUUAAGUAUAGGUAUAUUUUAAUUUGUAUUAAUAAAAGCAUACAAAUUACAUCGGACAAACCGCGAACAGAUAAUAGGCAACAAGACGAAUAUUAAUUGUUUAGGUACCUAUACUGGUGACGAGUGAUGUGCGAUCUUUGUUAUUGUAAUUUAUGGGAGAAUAUUUGUUUAGUCAAUAUAUUAUAAAUAUAAACGACAGUUAUAUAGUUUGGACGAGAAAUGAAUGACCCAGACAUUACACAAAAUACAGACAAACAAGAGAAGCAUGAUAUUAAUUUACAAUUCAUCCAAUUUUGUUUUAUAAAUAUCGAUUAUAGAACAAUCAUAUUUUUAUUAAUAAGUGCCUACGCAUUUAAAGUUAAGAUGAAUAGAGUACUAAACAUGUCAACGAUUUUCCAGUUAAAGUUAGCUUUCUAUAUAAACUUUAUUUUUAAUUUUCCAAUUUUACCUUUUUUAGUAGAACAAACAACAAUAAAGUAAUGAUAAUAGACAAUAUUAUAAGGUGUUGUCGUGCAUACGUAAAAUAUUUCGGUAGUAAUAAUAGUUAUAAUUAUAGAGUUAUUGUUUAAUAAUUAUGAGUUAUUAUUAUGUAUGCUCCACACCGAAUAGAUUAAUUUUAAAUUUCUUAAAGGAUACUUUAUUUAGAUAUCAUGAACCGUGGUAUAUUCAACCGUCAUUAUCACUAAGUACUGUUACCUAGAUGCCACCCUAUUAUCCGUAUUUAAAAAGUAUAAUAAAUAAAUAACCAUAUUAUAGACAACUCACUCACAAUUUCUUUAGCAUGUUUAUUAAGAUCUAUUCUGAAGGCUGGUUUUCCAGCUAGGAGCCGUGUUAUCUGAUAAAACAUAAAAUAAAUAAUAAAAUAAAAGUAAUGUGAACAACGACAUUAAAAAACCCAAUACAUAUUUUUUUUAAACGAAAAAUAUUUAGUGAGAACAAAAAAAACUGGAAAACUAAACCUUUAUCUUAUUAUAUUAUACAAUUGAACAACGUUCAAAACAAACAGUUGAAUCAAGUAUAGUUACCGCGAUAAAUAAAUAAAUACGAAUCACUUAACUUUUAUAUAUUGUUGUUUGUAGAAAAUUUGUCUAAUAAAACCGAACGAACUGUAAGAUUUACAUUUAAAUGCAAAAGAAUUCAAAUGAAAUAGGUAUAAAAUUGAGGCAUUGAACUCAGUUUAAUUAGCUACUAGGGUGAAAAAAAAAUAUUAUUUUAGUUUGGAAGAAAGCUAUACAGGUACCAGCUAUACACGUACCUAUAUCAUUUUAACUGUAUACUUUGAUUGUAAGAUAAAAUACAUAUCUACCUAUAUAUUAUCAAUGCAUGCAAUAUGAACGUUAAACCCCAAUAAGAGAAAAAGUUUUACGUCCAGAAAUUAUAAAAGUGAAAAUAUAUAAAUGAAAAUGGUGAAAACAUGCAGGAUGGUAUAAGGUAAAACUCAAUGUUUCAAAAAUACAGUAAGACGCCGAUAACUCAUAAUUAUUAUAACAUAAAAUAUUAAUAUAAUAUAAUUACCUACGUUAUGAAGAUAAUUUAUUUGUUAAAAAAUUUAAACCCGAAUAAGUUUAAUCUUUGUAUUACUGUAUUAUUAAAAAUACUUAUAGGUACUAUAUUACGUACAAUAAUUAAUAAUUAUGUGGUAACGGUAUGUGCGAUAAUAUUAUUCUUACCACCAGAAAUUCAUUUUUGUCUACCCUAUGGUUACCAUCCGUAUCAAACAUAUUAAAUGCUAUACGAAAUCCACUCUGUGGUUCUGCAAAACGAUUUUAAAUUCACAAUUAGUAUAAAAUAUAUUAUGCCAAAUCGGAAAUAUAUAUUUAAUAUCAUGAUUUACUUACUGGUUAACACGGAUAGUAAGAACAAAUAUUCUGUAUACGAUAUGAUUCCUUUGUCUCUGAGUGUUCGAAAAAGUUGUGAAGAUCCCUUUUUUAGCCCAGGUACUUUAUCUCGAAUUUCAUCCAAAUCUUUAUCAGUCAUAAAGUGUCUCUGAAGCCGAGCUAGAAAAAAAAACACAAAUUUGGAAAUUAAAGGAGGAUCUAUAUUAUGUAUGCAUUAUUUAGUAAAUAUAAUAUAUUAUUAUGGUAAAUAUAGUGUACAAGCCAAAUUUAUGAAAAAUAACGGUUAUUCCUCCACCAAAUUUAGUUAUUAUAUGUUUUAUUUAUAAAAUAUUAAUCAUAGGCACUUAAAACUUUUCGCCAUUACGUAUAUUAUUAUUUUUUAUACAUAGUAACAUUUUUUUAAAUAUUUAGACUAAUUUUAAGGUGUUUAUGCUCUAGGAUCAUGUUUACAAGUUAAUAACAUCAAUAUAUGAUAUAAUAUUAUAAUAAUUAUUAAUUAAUUAAUAAUAUAUUAUAUGCGAUGUUUUGACAAAAAAAUAGUUCAACACAGGUAGGUCACCUACCGCAUUUCUAAUAAAAUAAAAUAAAAUCACGUAUAAAUUAGUAAUACAAUUACUAAUAGCAUUUUUACUACCCCAAAAGGUGAACGACAGACACAACAUUCAAAUAUACAAACUCUUCAGUUUUAUAAUAUUAGUAUAGUCUAUACUCUAUAGAUUAUAUAUUUUAAUAUUUUAAACGUUAAUGAAAUAAUCUUAUUAUUUUGUUAGUAGAUGAUUUUUUUAUACCUCUAGGUUGCUCGUCAACGAAUGAUUCCAAAAAGUCUUGCGGAGUCAUAUAAAGUUGUCCAUGGUAUUCAACUGAAGCGAACUUAAUGAAACGUUUCUCGCGUGAUGUCAAGUGUAGACCGCUUAGAUAUUCGUCAUUUGCUCUCUGUAUAAUGUAAAUAAAUUGUAAAAUUGUUGUUAAAUGUUUGUUGUAUUGUAUAAUUUUACCAAUUUGAAAAUCAAUAACAAUCUACAAUCUAAAUAUAUUUAAUAGGUAACUAAAAAGUAAUUAGGUAUGUGUUGGAUAAUUUUGGAAGUUAUACAUAUAACACUUGUAAUAUAAAUUAUUUAAAAUCAUAAUUAUUAAUUACUAAAAAAUACAAUUACAAAAUUGUCUUCAA